UGCUAAUAAUUGGAUAAAUUUCACAUGAGUAACAUUAAUCAUGACAAAGGCAUGUUAUUGAUAUUGUUAAAUAUUAAAAAUCAACAAUACUGAACAAAGGAAGUUAAAUCAUACAAUUUUAACUGUUGUUUUUCAAGACUUCUGUUAAGGGGAGGAAGAGCAGGGUAAAACGCGUGGCAAAAAAUUGAAUUAUGCCUCUGAUAAUUAUCACAGGUAUUCCCUGUAGUGGAAAGAGCACCAGGGCUCUGGAAUUGAAGAAGUACUUUGAAGAUAGUCGAGGGAAGAAGGUUGAGGUUAUCAGUGAAAUAGAUGCUAUAAUCAAGGCUGGAUAUGAUAGAAAUACAUUCUAUGCUGAUUCUAAAAAAGAAAAGAGUGUACGAGCUGAUGUUAAGUCUCAUUCCCAACGACUUCUGAAUCCUGAGGACGUUCUUAUUGUAGAUGGAAGUAAUUAUAUAAAGGGUUACCGCUAUGAGAUUUACUGCAUGUCAAAAUUAUACAAAACACCUCAGUGUACAGUACACUGUGACUUACCCAUUGAACAUGCACGCUUGUGGAAUGAAAAACGACCACAGGAAGAACGAUAUUCCAAUGAAAUAUUUGAUGCCCUUAUAAACAGGUACGAAGCACCCGACAGUAGAAACAGAUGGGAUUCACCAUUGUUUGCAGUAUUACCAGAAGAUGAAUUAAAAUUUGGGGAUAUCUAUAGUGUACUUUAUGAAGCCAAGGCACCAAAACCAAAUUUAAGCACUCAGUGUCCACCGUUAUCAUCUGCAAAUUAUCUCUAUGAACUGGACAGGAUAACACAGGAAGUUGUGAAUGCAAUUUUGUCAGCAAAACGAUUGGGAAUCGAGAGCAACGUUAAAAUACCAAAUUGCCAAUUAACAUUGGAAAAUUCUAGUGACUCCUCACAGCUAGUACGGCUGCGAAGGCAGUUUUUAACGUACAGUAAAAUGCAACAGAUAGAACCUAGUCAAAUAGCUCUAUUAUUUGUACAGUAUCUCAAUAAAAGUUUGUAGGACAACAGGUGAGUCGCAUUGAAGUACGUCUCUAACAUGAAAGAAAAGAAAGAGAAUUGUAUAUAUCUUGCCGACUUGGCGUCGUUAACAUUUUUUGAUACAAAAUUAUAUUAAUUACAACAA